UUUUUCUAUAAUCUAUGAUAGUAUAGUAUGGCCUCUUCUUUAGAUUGUAUUGCGCGAUAUUGCGUUAUCAGAUCGUUGAGUUUUCCAUUAAUAUGGCAAAAGGUGAUAAAGAAUUAGAAAAACCCAUUGUGAAUAAUGAAUUACCCAACCCGGAAUGUCGAAGUGUGGAUCAUGAUGAUUCGGAAUCCGCCCAAGAACAGCCUUUGGACAUAGGAGAGCAUUAUUUGGUGCGGCGUUCGGAUGAGUCAUGGCACCCGGCUGAGAUAAUACAAACGCGGUACAAUGACGCCGAAUCGUGUUACGAAUAUUAUGUCCACUAUGUGGGAUACGAUAGAAGGCUCGACGAAUGGGUUUCCCGCCACCGGGUUAUGAAUGAUAGGUUUGACAUGUGCGAACAAUCUAAUAACAACAUAAAUUCAGAUCAUUUACUCACAGAUAAGUCGGGCCGGAAAAUAACAAGAAAUCAAAAACGUAAACAUGAUGAGAUCAAUCACGUACAAAAGUCGUAUGCCGAAAUGGACCCCACAACAGCAGCACUGGAGAAAGAACACGAAGCAAUCACCAAAGUUAAAUACAUAGAUAGGAUACAGAUCGGAAAGUAUGAGAUAGACACAUGGUACUUCAGUCCAUAUCCUGAUGAGUAUGGGAAACAAUCGAAACUGUGGAUUUGUGAGUACUGUUUGAAAUAUAUGAGAAUGGAGAAAACAUACCGGUAUCAUCUAAGCGAAUGCACAGCAAGAGAGCCACAAGGCAAUGAAAUAUAUAGAAAGGGUACAAUAGCUAUAUUCGAAGCGGACGGCAAAGAACACAAAAUAUAUUGUCAGAACUUAUGUUUGUUGGCAAAGCUUUUCUUGGAUCAUAAGACUUUGUAUUUUGACAUAGAGCAGUUUUUAUUUUAUAUUUUAUGUGAAGUUGACAAACAAGGCGCUCACCUUGUUGGCUAUUUUUCUAAAGAGAAAGACUCCCCCGAAGGCAAUAAUGUUGCUUGCAUUUUAACACUACCUCCUUAUCAAAGACAAGGCUAUGGAAAGUUGCUCAUUGCAUUCAGUUACGAGUUGUCAAGAUUGGAACAAGUUGUAGGUAGUCCAGAAAAGCCACUGUCAGAUCUUGGCAAACUCAGUUAUAGAUCUUAUUGGUCAUAUGUUUUACUAGAAGUGUUAAGUGCAAGUAGAGGAACAUUAAGCAUCAAAGAUCUGAGUCAAAUGACUGGUAUAUCACAGACAGAUAUAAUAUCAACUCUGCAGUCAAUGAACAUGGUCAAAUAUUGGAAAGGGCAGCAUGUUAUCUGUGUGACACCAAAGAUAGUUGCUGAACAAUUGGCCAGCUCACAUUUCAAGAAGCCUCGACUGUGUGUAGAUCCAUCUGCAUUGCGCUGGACACCCCCUAACAAGCAAGGGCAUUCAGCUAAAGCUAAAAAGUAGUACAGGCUUACAGGCAGGGCUUAGAGACUGCUUAUAUUGAGACAAAUUUUAAAGACUCUAGGUGAAGCCUGUUUAAUCAAAAGUUGAUUUCUUUAGUUUUUAAUGCAGUGGAUAGACAGUGUUAGAAGUAUUAAAAACAAAUUUGUAAUUUACAUAAUAUUACAAUUAACUAUUAUGUUUUAGAUGAACAUGUUAUUAUAAUGUUACACUGCAUUUGUUGUGGAAAUAUUGAGCUUUACUUUUAUACCUAUCAUGGAGACAUCCCAGUGGAGGGAGGAUGAAUACUGAUAAGCAUUUUAUGUAGAAUUAAUCUAAAUUAAUCUAAGCAAAGCUAAAGUGCAAUGAAAAAAAACAAAAACAUGCAUAUUUUUUAAUUGAAAUAUGUUUUUUGGUUAAUUUAACGGAACAUUGAAUUCUUGCAGUUUAUUUGUAAUUUAUGACAGUGUAUGACAAUUGUGUUAGUGUAGUUAGUUUAGAUCGAGUGAAUAUUGCCUCUAGUGUGUGUGCAGGCAAUUUAUCCUGUAUUUUUGCCACCUCAUAAAUUUUCUCUAGCAUAUGUAAGAUAAAGUAAUAUUAACUAGAUUCAUAUGAAGAGUACAACAGCUUUGCCUUUAAUUUUAGAUGUCUAACAGAAAUUGAUCAUGAUUCAUAUAUGUAUAUAUGCUAAAUUAUACUCAUGGAAAAGUUAUUACAAAAACAUUGCAUUAUUACAAUUUAAAUUAUUGCUUAGAUCUGUACAUUCAUGUUUUAUUCAGUUCCUUAUUACUUGAAUAGUGAUACUAAUUUUAGUUGCGACCCUUUAGUUGUUUAUCUACCUUCAAUGAAUACAUAAAGGUCAUACUUUUAUGUGAAUGUGUAAGAUUAAUCAUUAGCUUUAAGUAUAAAUGUCCACUUGAUGUUGAAUUAUAUUUUUUAUAGACUGGUGAUGUUUGUUCUGUCGAAUUUAGAGUCACACUCACUUAUCUCAAGCUUAUAAAUAGUUUAACGCGUACAAUUUAAUUUAGAUAAACUAAAUUUUAAUUGUUUCUCUUUGGAAUCUUACACAGUAAAUACUAUGCAGAAAUAUAAAUUGUAUAAAUAGAAUAAGACUUGAAUGUGUAUAAAAGGCCUGGUUGGUAAUAAAAAUAAAACUCAACAUUUAAAAAAUAUUCUUCAAGUUUUGCGAACAGGUGAAUGACUCUUAAGAUACAUAUCUGAUUACGUCAUGUUGAGAAAAACGUGCCGAAAAUUGAUAAACAGGAACAAUUUGUUGUAAACACGUUAUGGACUUUACUGUUUUAUUUUAAACAUUUGCAACCUUGUCUAUGAGUAUUAUUACUUUGUUUAGCUACGUACUCACCGUUUUUGACUAUUGACAACUUGCCACUAAGGUGUAGUGUCGAGUUGCAUGAACUCAAAAGAUCUUCCCAUUACCGUGUAAAUGAGAUUCUGUGAAUCAUCAGUUUUCACUGUUUAUUUGUGAUAAUUCUAAUUGUAAGUGAUAAUUAAAAUAAAAAUGGA